AUGCAAACUCUUCUUCAGGGGCAGCUGGCCCUGCUUGUGAUGCAAGUUCAGGCUUUGCCAUGCCGCUGGUCAGUGGAGGUAGAGAUGGCGGAGACAGCGGAGACGGCAGAGACGGGAGACAUGGAAGAGACCACAGACAUGGGGCUUCAGAAGGCGGCAGAGAGCAUGGUGGAGGGGCAGGCGGAGGGAUUGGUGGAAGCGGUGACUGAGAGCUCAGUGGAAGUAGAGGCUGCAGAGACAGCAGAGACACCAGAGACGGCGGAGACAGCAAAGAUGCCAGAGACGGCGGAGACGGGAGACACGGAAGAGGAGACAGAGACAGCAGGCCCGGAGGAGGAAGAGUUGGGAGGUAACAAGCAAGAGAAGAGUACUGCGGCAAGCAGAAGCGCCCCAGAGACUAGCUUGGAGGUGGGGAACACCUACAAGUUUGCCAGGCAUUACUGGGGGGAUGAGGCUCUAGGAAUCUGGCCUUCUUCCUCCUGGCCUUCUUCCUCCUCAUCAGCAUGA